AUGUCCAAGAACAAAAAUCGAGGCGGCCCACGCAAGCCACGGCAUGCGAAUAACUUCUCGAGCGAUAUCGAAAUGAAAGACCCUGAGCCCUUGGGCAAAGAGCGCAUCAAGUCAAAACCUAAGAAUUCUAGUCUGGCGGCUAAGAACAGCUGCGAUAGACGAGGCCGAGUCGGCAAGCACUCGGCUUCACCACCGGCAUUUCUCGCCGGCCUCCGCAGCAAACCACAGAAAGGCGGUGCCGACGGCCUAGACAGAUGGGGACCGAGAAACAACAGCGUGACAAUGCUCGCGCCCCGAUCCAGGACGGUAAACCGGCGAUUGAGUAUCAUCUCUACGGCAUCUACAACGCUCUCGGCACAGCAAGCAGGGCCAUGGUGCGACAAGUGUGCAAGCCUGAACCGCCGACUCCACGGCUAUCUGCUCGAGAUCCUGAAGAGCGGAGAGGACGCCGUCGACGAGUGGGCUUAUGCGGUUGGCGCAUCGCCGGAUCAAAUGGAAUGUGAGCCAGCGCCGGAGAGGAUCAUCCCGGAGGGUUUCCGGCGGUGCAGUCGACAAUAUCAGCUGUGUGCUGCGAAGCCCGAGUGCGAUGCGGCAACAGCCAUGCCCCCUGUGCCACCCGGGUGGUCUAGCACUGCAUAUUGGGGUGCAAAUCCAAGUCAGUCUCAGUAUGCAUCUGAUCAGAGGCAGGCUGUGAUGAGCCCAUACUCUGACGUCGGCUCAGGAGUCGGCUUCGUCCAGCGCACACACCAGCCGAUCCUUCCUCCUCCCGCAGGUAUCGCCCUUCAAAACCGUCACACUCUUGUUUCAAUCCCCGAGCACGCGAAUUCGCAGCCUCGGUGGCCUGGCUCGUCAUCUCAGACACCACUGCCAGGUCCACAGACGCUUCUGCCGCCAUGGAACGUCGAAUCUCAACGAAGUUUGGCCGUCUAUCCUGGCUACGGCCCAGCGCACAACUCGCUCUCUCAAUUGGCGCAUCAGCAAUCCCAUAUGCCCAUUGUUUCGUCCGACCACAUCCAUCAGCAGAGCAUAGGAGUAACACGGGGUUCACCAAAGCUUGCCAACGGACAGGUCCAGUCAACCCUUACGGCCAUCGUCGAUUCGUCUUCUUACAACGAGGCUCUGCGUGCCAUUGGUCAGGGCCGGACACUCCUCUGGGAGCAAGACACGUCGGAUUCCGAGAUUCCAGAGUAG